CUCCCAGUCCCAGCUUCGGCUCACUUAGCUCAGCAACAGCGACUCAGCAAGCUCUCACUGAUCGGGAUCGGAUCACGGGAACUCUCAUGACCAAGAAGCUGAUGCCGGCCAUGGCGGCGGCAAAGCAGCAGGACUCUUGCAAGACCAGGCUUGAAGACCGUGGGAUUAGCCAGGCUUCGAGCCCUGCGCGGCGGUGGAUCUCCGCCGAGCAGGAGCAUAGCAUCAUCGUCGCGGCGCUGCGGUACGUGGUCUCCGGGUGCACCACGGCGCCGCCGGAGAUCGUCACGGUGGCGUGCGGGGAGGCGUGCGGCCUGUGCGGCAUCGAUGGCUGCCUCGGCUGCGACAACUUUGGCGCCGAGGCGGCGGCGGGGACGGAGGAGGCGGUAAUGGCGACUGGUUAUGCUGGCGCAACGACGGCGGGGCCGGCGGCGGUAGAAGGAGGCGGGCUGAGGGUCAGGCGGAGGAGGAAGAAGAACGUGUACCGCGGCGUGCGGCAGCGGCCAUGGGGGAAGUGGGCGGCGGAGAUCCGCGACCCGCGCCGCGCGGUGCGGAAGUGGCUCGGGACGUUCGACACCGCCGAGGAGGCCGCCAGGGCCUACGACCGCGCCGCCCUCGAGUUCCGCGGCGCGCGCGCGAGGCUCAACUUCCCGUGCUCCGAGCCAUUACCCUUGCCCAGCCAAAGAAACGGCAAUGGUGGUGAUGCUGCCGUCACGGCGGCGACACCGACCGAGCUGAGCCCGACGCACUCGCUGUGCAGCGCGGAUGCCGAGGAGACGGCACCGGUGGAUUGGCAGACGGGUGUCGACGAAGCCGGCAGCAACCAAUUCUGGGAUGGCUUGCAGGACCUGAUGAAUCUGGAUGAAGAGGACAUCUGGUUCGCGCCAUUUUCCGGAGCAGCGUCAAGUUUUUGAGCUCGUGGGAUUGGAUCUCAACCGUUGGAUUAGAUUACUGAAACGUCAUUCAUUUAUUCGUUUUAUUGCAUAGCUAUACUGCAUUGUUUGCGAAGAGCACGGUUUUUGGGCUCGUUGUUAGGGUGAUAGGGUCAAAAAAAUUUGUACAUAGUGGAAAUUGACAAUAAUUGUAUAUUGAACACUUAUA